UCCGCUGAAAAUCACUGGCUUUUAUUGAUGAAUUACUUCAUCGGAGUAAAAAGUUCGACUUAACACAAAUACUCUAUCGUUUUUUUUCUUAAUUUGUAAAGAGUUUUAAAUUUAAGCUCUUAACUUGCCUUUUUUAAUAUACCUGAGGACCUUGCGGAAUGGUUUGAUGAAAUAUACUAGUUAAAAUGUUUUGGAAAAUUAUUGUUUUUAUUUUUGCUAUAGAUCACCUAUCAGGUGCACCACGACAUCACAAAAAAUUUCCUAAAGAUGUUUCAGGUGAAAAGCGACAAAGUCUUGGAGAUUGGGAUGUUCAUUAUACUGAGCCAAGCCAAUUAGGAGCUGCUAGUUUGGUACAAGGUCCGAACACAGAAGACCUUCUUUCCUUACAAAAAGCAAUGGUUGGUUACCAAAAAAUAAAUAAAGCUUACGAGCCUGCUAUAGUAUUAGCUGGAGCUUUUCCUCAUCUAGAGGGUGCAGUACCACAUGCUCAACUAAUAAAAACAUUUCAUAAGCCAAUACCUCAAGAAGAAAGCGCUGUUGAUGACGAAGAUGAUGAUGACGACGACGACGACGAUGAAGAUGACAAUGAAAACAAAAAUUCACGAAAAAAAAGAACUCUUAAGAGCCAUCCUCGUCGAUCUAAAAAACGCACUCUCCCUAACAGUGAAAAAGAAAAGUCAGACAAAAAUAAAGAGUUAAUAACAACCAGCAAAGACAAUUUAAAAGGUAAAAAAUUUGCUGAACGUAAAGAAGUUGAGGGAGAUAAAAGUCUUUCAAAAACAGAGCUUGAUAAUGACAAAAAUACAGAAAAAGAAACUAAGUUUCAAAAAGAAACAGACAAGUUGCAAGAAAAAGAAGUGAGCAACGCAAAAGAAGAAGUUAAAGAACGAGAAGAAAACCAUCAUAAAGAACUAGCUGAUUUAAAAGGAAAAAAUGCACAGUAUGAAGGAGAUAAGCCAAAUAAUGUAGAAAAACAUUUAAACAAUGAAGGAGAUAAGUCAAAUGUGGGUGAUAAAAAAUUACAAUAUGAAGGCGAUAAGUUAAAUGCUGGUGAAAAAAACAUGCAGCCUGAAGGAGAGAAAGAAAUUGUCGGAGAAAAAGAAAAACAACACAGAAAAGAAUUCGCUAAAGCAGAAGAAUCAGAAAAAGUUCCAAAUAAAAUUAAGCAACAGGAGGAAAUAAAACAGGAAGAAGUAAAAGAAGAAGUGGAAAAAAAUGAAAAAGAUAGCGGAAGUAAGUUUACUAAACAACAUAAGAUAAAAGUAGAUGAAAAGGAUGCACUGACAACAGAUGUUCAAAGUAAGUCAAGUAAAGAAAAAGAGUCUGGAUACGAUAAUGGAAGAAGUGAAAACAGUGAAGCAACAUCUAGCAAAGUACAUAACUCAAUUAAGGAAAAUGUAAAUGAUAACAAUGAAGCUUCUGUUGAUAAAAAUUACCACAAUUCUCGGCAAGAAGAAGAUCGCGUUCAAGAAAAUGUAGUUUCAAAAGAAGGGCAUAAAAAUACGAAAUACGUUAAAGGAAACCAGGUUCAAGAUACCAAACUUGAACGAAAUCAGAACGAUGAAAAGGAGUUAAGUACUAGUGAUCUAAAGGAGUUCAAGGAGUCUGAAAAAAAUGAAUUGAAUAAACAUCAAAGCAAUGACAAAGAUUCCACAAAUGUGAAAAGUUUUACGAAAGAAGGAAAGCAGUCAGCAAGUUCUGAACAAUACCAAGAAGUCAACGGAAAGCUCAUUUUUACCGAGAGAGAGAAACUGCGUUUAAAAGCCGGCGCUGAAAAAGAAAGAGAAGCCGAGAGAGUAAAUGAAGCCCAAGCUAAUAAUAAAAAUGAAAACGAUGAUAAGACAAAGCCGGAGUUUAAAGCAGGUCCAAAUGAAGAAAAAGAAUCUGUUAACGAGUCUCAAAACAAAAAACUUGAAAACGAUGUUAAACAAGAUAAACUCCCUUUAAAAGUGAACCGCGAAGAAGAAAAGGAAUCUGAAAAAGGAAAUGAAACAAAUAAAGAAAGUGAAGAAAAAGGAAAAUACGCUGUACCUGAAGAAAAACAACAAGAGCCAGUGAAGGUUGAGGAAAAAGAAAAUCGUCAAAAUUAUUAUCCAAAAAAAAAAAAACAGUUGCACGAAAAGUUCUCAAGUGAAGAGAGCAAGCAGUUAGACCAAAAUUCCGUAGUCGUAGUUACAAAACAGUUUGAUGCAAGCAAAAAUGAAAAUCAAAAAGAUUUAGAAGUAGAAAAGCUUUCAGGAAAGAGUUCCCGUUCUCAAAACGAACAAAGUGACGAUACAAAAGACGCCGAAGCCACUUCUUCAACGGCUUCAGCUUCAGAAAGACUGGAGAGUCGGCCAGAAAAAAACGAAAAAGAAUUAGAAAACAAACUAAAAACAGUAAAAUUUGAUAAAAAUGAAAAAGCUUCUACGGAAAACGAGAAAUCACCGCAAAGUUCUGUUCAAGAUGACGGUAAUAUUAAAGGAAAAGAAAACAAAGAGAUUGAAAAAGGUGCAGAAAACAAAGAAAAAGUUGCAGAUUUUACUGAUUUAAAAUCGAAAAAUGAAAAAGGUAAAAAAGGUGUAGAGGAAAAAAUGGAAGAAAAAUUGGAAGAAAAAAAUAUUGAAAAAAACGAAGAAAAGAAAUUCGAACAAAACAACGAAAAAAUUGAAAAGAAACUUUUAGACAAAGAAGCAGAGAGUACCGAAAAAUAUUCAGAUAAAAUUUCGUUAGGAAAGUGGCAUAAAAACACCCCAAAAAUGGAAAAAAAUGCUGACGAACUAGAAAGAAAAGAGGCUGAAAAAUACGAUAAAAAUACUCUGGAAAAGUCUGAGCAAAUUACAAAAGGCGAGAAGAGCGUAUCUGAAGAACACCGGCACGAGGAAAAAGAACUUUUGCUUAAUGACAAUCCUGUAAGUGAUAACGAACUUGUUGGAAACCCAAAGUCCAAUAAAAAAUUACAUGAAAAACCUGAAAAACAAGCUGAAACCGAAAUUUCUCCUAAAUUAAUGGUUUCAAAAGAAGAUGAAACUCAAAAACAAGCUGACAUGAGGAAACCAACAGAAGAACGAAAAUUCGAGAAAAAAAAACCCAAGGAGUUUAAAGAAAACGUUGAAGAGCAGGCAAGUGUUGAUCAAGAAGUGGUGAAAGAAAAACCAAAAAGUUCCAGACACAAAGAUGCCGAAAAACUAGCUGAGUUUGCACAAAAUGAAAACACUGAAAGAAAAAGUCGCGAUGACGAUGAUCGUAAAGUUCAUGACUCAAAAACCGCCAAAAUAAACGCAGAUAUGACUGAUGAAGAGUUGGAACAAAACUCUCGAGUUGUUUUGAGCCAAUUAAAGCAGUUGCAAAGUCUUGCCCAGUCUCCAAAUCCAGACCCAAAAAAAAUUGAUGUUAGUGCACUUCAUCCCGGGACAGUAAAAAUACUUAAAAAACUUGGCGAAGAACACGAGCGACGGGGGCUUGUUGACGAUUACGGAGGUGACAAAGAUAUUGAAGGACACAGUAUAUCACGAGAAUCAUCAACACAUCAUGAAACUAUAGUAAAAUACACUGGAAAGUCUCAAAAAGCAGAUAUUCGACAAUUAUGUGGAGGAUGUUUACCAACAGUUAGUAUGCCAACUGAAGCUGAAAUCAACCAAAUGCUGUGCGAAGGUAUGGCUGGUUGUGGUGACGGAUGUUUUGGAGGUGGAUGCUAUGGUGCUGCCGCAGCCCUACCCCCUUAUUCACCCCCUCCUCCCCCUCCUCCUCCCCCUCCUCCUCCUCCUCCUCCCCCUCCUCCCCCUCCUCCUCCUCCACCACCACGACCUAAACUUCAACUUCAAAGCAUAUGGUGUAUGAACUUGCCUGAUGGUAGUGAAAACUGUCCUCAAGCUGCACCACCUCCUCCUCCACCACUACCACUACUAUCACCACCAUCAUCUCCACUAGUUUAUCCUUACUAUUAUAAUUGUCAAAACGGACCAUGGCAUGGAUGUGCUCCGCCACUACCACCACCUCCACCACCACCACCACUACCAUCUUCACCACCACUUAAGUACAAGUUAAUUCCAAUAUGUGACCAUAGUGGGUUUGGAGGAAACUGCAAUUCACCACCACCACCACCACCACCACCACCACCUCCAAGUGAAUGCAAAGAGUUAAAUGGAGGGGGAGGUGGCUGUAGAGGAGUUAAAAUAUCAAUAUCAUGUGAUGAUGGCGUUAGAGGUUGCGGAAGCAGACCUCCACCUCCGCCUGCAUACUCUCCUCCUCCCCCACCUCCUCCUCCCCCACCCCCUCCUCCUCCCCCACCCCCACCACCCCCAUCUUUCAUAAUUUGUGAUACCAGCGGUGGUAUGGGUUGUGGAGGUGUAUCUCCAAUUCAUGCCAAAAUACCUGGUAUGACUUGGAAAUUAGUACCAGAUACAAGUGGUUGUGGUGUGAGUAGCUUCUCGCAAGGAUGUGGAAGAAACAGAGCAAAUUCAGAUUCGAAUGAUGACAACGAUAUAAAUAAAAAAGUAGAGCCCAUGAUUCCAUUAAGUUGUCUGGAAGCUCUAAAAGGUUUAAAUCUUCCAUCAAAAGAUGGCGGGUCUGGUGGAGAGGCAAAAUGUUCAAAGAUGCUCAGUAGAUUGCUAAGCAACCAAGCUGAAAAUACAGCAAACACGAUGAAGAUUUUAGCUAGUUUAUUAAAAGAUGACGGAUGUUCGUUGGAUGCUCAAGAGCAGCAGGUAGCAGCUAAAAUGAUGGGAAAGCUGAUGUCAGGAGGGUGUUGUGGAUCCAAUGGCUGUGGAAGCAUGAAUAGCGAGAAACCAUGUUCAGAUGAAGGUUAUGAAAAGUUUAUUUCGCUUGGACCUGAACAUUGUUCUUCUCGCAGUUUGAGAAAAUGGGAGAAAGGUCUAAUGGAGCAUUGGAAUAAGAAGCACUCUGUUGAGAAAAGUUCUUUACCCGUUCAGAAAGAAAAUCAACAGUAUAAUUGGGACCAUGCCCUUCUUGAGCAUUGGCAGCGUCCUAAACCAAAAAGUAACGCAAGCAAAAAAAGUAAACAUGCUUCGGCAAAAAAGAUGUCGUAUAAGCUUUGUAAAAAGCCCUGCGAAGAAGUAUCAGAUGACACUGACAGCAAACUAAAAGAAGAUUCCAACAAAUACAAGUCUGUUGAAGCAUUGCAUCAUCAUCAUCACAACAACAAGAAGAUUGCUCUUGCUGCCUCAAGAACAUUUCAUCCUAAGUUCAAAUCAAAAGUAAAAAACGAAAAAUCUUUGAAAAAACAUAAAAAAUCGGAUGUUCCAUUUCUAGACGAUGCCGAUGAAAGAACUCGACUAUCUGUUCCGGAAAAUGGUCUACGCAGAUCAAUGUGGACAAAUCUUCCCACAAAAGAUAUUGCAGGGUUAACUUCAUUAAAAUCUUACCCGAAGUAUCCUGCUGCUUCUUACGUUAUUGAUCAAUUUGCAACUCCGCAUGACGAAGGGUUGCAAUACGGUCAAAGAGUAUAUGGUUAUUUAAUACCACCUGAGUCUGGAAACUAUAUAUUUGGCACUUCAUGCUCUGACGAAUGCAAACUGUUAUUAAGUAAAAAUGACGAAGAAGAUAAAAAAGAUGUCAUCAUUAAACAUGAAUCUGGAAGUGCACAAGAUCAAAGUUCAGAUGCCAUUCCUUUAAAAGGUGGUCACACUUACUAUAUAGAAGCUCUUAGUUAUCAUGGAGAUGAAGCAUCUCCAAUGAAAGUAGGCGUAAGACUUCCAUCUGGAACUAUUUUAGCUCCAAUUCCAAUGCAGUAUCUUCGCUUGGAACGUGCAGCACUUGUUGAUGAAGAUUUUGAUGAGCUUUCAUCUCCUACUUUACAAAGUCUUUUUACUCAACGCUCAUUUCCUGAUAAACCUUCGAAAUGGACUCCACUUUCUGAUUUUAGCAUGGUUGCUAAAGAAACAAACGGUUUCCAUGGUCAUAAAAUUAGCGGAUAUUUUUUAGCAAAGGAAACAGGAAAAUAUAAGUUUUUUGGGACAUGUCCAAAUGGAUGUCGCCUGUAUUUAAGUGAAGAUGAUACUUGCAAUAAAAAAUCAAUGGUCCUGGAAUAUAGACUAUCAAUUAAAGGAUUGGCCCAUAAAAAAACUUUGAUUUCUUUGGAUGGAAAAGCCGGAAAACGAACAUCAGACGCUUCAUUAUUUGAAGUAUCUAAGACAACUGAACUUCAAGCAGGUCUUUAUUAUUACAUAGAAGCUUUACAAGCUACAAAAGGAGGAGAACAAAGUCGCCUUAAAAUAGGUGUUGUAAGUCCAAGCGGAAAAACCUCGUUUCCAAUGAAGAAAGAUUCCCUUACACAAUUUAGUCCAAGUAAGCACGGUAUUGUUCGUGAAGUUUGGAAAAAUGUUAAAGGUGAUGAUCUUGAAAAUUUUACAAUGCUGCAAAGUUUUCCAAGGAUUCCUACAGAGGUUAGUCUGAUGUCAUCUUUUGAAUCUCCGUCUAAUGAAAUAAACAACUAUGGUCAAAGACUUAAAGGAUAUUUUGUAGCGCCAAUGACCGGUGAUUAUAAGUUUGUAAUAUCAUGUGAUAAGAAGUGCGAGCUUUGGAUGAAUCCAAUUGAUGAUGUUUCAUCUAAUGUAAAUCAAAAAAAAAGAAUUUUAGCACAAACCAAUAAAACAGCUAUACACGAAUAUGAUAAAUAUCCAGAUGAACAAGUUUCAGCUCCAAUUCAUAUGAAUAUUGGACAGCAAUAUUAUAUAGAAGCACUUCACAAAGCUACUACAGGUCCGGAUCAUCUCAGUGUUGGUGUUACAUUGCCUAGUGGAAAAAAAGAGUGGCCUAUAUCAAAAAAAUAUUUAAGGUUUCGUCCUCGGGAUCAUGUUUCUUCUCCUACUGAUAUUCCCUGCAACUAUAACUUAGAAGAAAAUGAUUCUUCAAAAAAAGAGAGUGGAGAUCUUGUAAAAACAGCCAACGAUAUAGCAAUUUUGGGUGGUGAAACUGACGCUCUUGCACAAAAUCUGGACUUCUUAAAUGCUCCAAAAAAUGAGGAGUUUGACUACGAUGGGUCUGAUAAUAAAGCAAAAGUUAAGAUAACUCAUUUAGCCGUACCUUUUGGAAAUCCGAAUGCAAAAAAUGCUAAAGAUGCCCUUUCUGUCAUUAAAAAUGUUACCCAAAACAAACAAACUCAACUAAAGUUACACAAAAAUGAGGACGGGGGUUUUACAAUAUCUGGUUUACCUUCACAUUUGAAUCAUGCUGAUGCAACUAAGCUUGCAAAAGGAAUAGCAUCUGUUCUUAAGCCAGAUGGAUCACCGCUUACGCAAAACGAAACAAAAGUGGUGAAACCUACAGGAAGUAAAGUAAAAGCAAUUAAUAAUCCAUCAGUAAAUGUUUUACCUUCUGGAUCGGCCACUAAUUUACCAAAGGUAGGUGAAUUACAAAAUGCUGAAUCAACGUUAAAUGCAGGAAAUAAACUAUUAAAUACACCAACAGAAGGAAACAAAACUGGUACUGAGAUAGAAGGAGCUAAAUUAAAUGAUCAAUCUGCUAAUCCCAUAAACAAUCCUAAUACUUUGCCAACAAACCUUUUAGAAAGCACUUCAUACACAUCGUCUAUAGAACCAGACAUUGAGUCUUUGAGUGUAGUAGGAAAUCUCGCAAACAUGGAUGAUUUAUCAUCAGAUGAAAAUAAUCUAUUGAAGCAAGCCAAAAUUCAGCAACAAAUGGAGAGCCAACCCUAUUUGCAAGAUUCAUUUGUGCAGCCAAUAGUCGAUCAAUCUAAAAUUGUACAGCCGUUAGUUGAUCAAUCAAAAGUUGUACAGCCGGUCAUUGAUCAAUCAAAAAUGUUUCCAGCACAAAAGAUAAAAAAAAUUACAAGUGUUAAUAACGGCGACAGUAUUGGAGAAAACAUAAGCGACAUGGAUGAAAACAGUGACCUUGGCUUAGAGCUAGAACUACCAGCGUCUACUGGAACAAACAUUGGUAGCAAUACAGUAGUAAACGGUAUAAACGCAAUUAUGAAUUCAAAGACACCAGACUACCACAAUUCUGAUGGAAUAGGUCAUCCAACAAACGUUGUAACAAAUUUAAAAGAACCUAAAAUUGGGGUUUCUUUAUCUCCAACAAUAACCGAUGAAAUGUCUAUAAAUAAACUAAAUGACUAUGACGUUCUUAACAUUGAUUUAGAAGGUUUAAGAAGAAUGGGUAAACAAAAAAGAUUGAUGGAUAAACCUGAACAAACUUUAAAACAACCCGUACAGCUUCUUCAAGCCGCAUUAAUUGAUGCUAACAUAAUCGGUGAUCAAUUUAAUGAAGAAGUUGACAAUUUAAAUAACUAUUCUUCUCUAAAAAAGAAAAAAAUUCCAAAUGGGAUUUCAAACGAAAUAAACUCAAUAAAUGGCGUCAAUACUGAAUCGAAUGAUUACGUCAAAAGAAAAAUAAUUGCCUACGUGAACAAAAAUGAAAAUUCCUCUCUCACAGGCAGCAUACGAAAGCUAACAAGUAAUAAAGUUGGUCAUAUAAAUUCAACAACCACUGUUAUUAACAACAAAAAUACUCCAUAAAUAAAAAAAAUAUAUAACUAAACCACACGCAUACUUAACAGAUAGCUGAAAUAACACAAAGAAUGCAUUAUCAUAAAUAUCAUAUAAUAUCAUUCAUUUUAUUUGCACAACAAUUUUAUCAACAUUUUAUCUACGAACGAUCUUUAAUGCAAUCAGAAAUGGCGUCACAAGUUACUUUACUAAUUUCAGCUACUUAUCAAAAUUUUUAAAAGCGAAUUCUUUACUAUUGCAUAUUUAAUAAAUAACAGUGGAACUGUAUUUUUUUUUUCCAGCUUGUUAUAAGCGUAUUAAUGGAUGAAAAAGAUCAGUUCGCCUUUUUAUUUUUAAAAAAUUUGGUAAAGUUUUUAUAAUUGGCUGUCAAGAAACAUCAAUCUAGUAGCAUAUUUAUAUAUACUUAGAAUAUUUAAAUAAACAUUCGAAACUUCCAUUUAUUUUGCGAUAAGUUAGCUGUCUCGAAACAACCGAUGUAAAUAUGUCAUUAUUCAAAACCACAUUGAUUUGUAAAAAAUUUAUACGAAGAUAAUUUUUUAUUUUAGUUUUAAUAAAAAACAUGUUAAUUUAA